AUGGCUUCAGAGGUGAUCUGCUGGACAUUUAAAGAUGACAGUAAACUGGUUCUUAUUGACUAUAUUGUGGAGUAUGAUUACGAUGCUGUACAUGAUGAUGAAUUAACUAUUCGAGUCGGGGAGAUCAUCAGAAAGGUGAAAAAACUCCAGGAGGAAGGAUGGCUAGAAGGAGAACUUAAUGGUAGAAGAGGAAUGUUCCCUGACAAUUUUGUUAAGGAAAUUAAGAGAGAGACAGAAUCCAAGGAUGACAGUUUGCCCAUCAAACGGGAAAGGCAUGGGAAUGUAGCAAGUCUUGUGCAGCGGAUAAGCACCUAUGGACUUCCAGCUGGAGGCAUUCAGCCACACCCACAAACGAAAAGCAUUAAGAAGAAGACUAAGAAACGCCAGUGUAAAGUCCUCUUUGAGUACAUUCCACAAAAUGAGGACGAACUGGAACUGAAAGUGGGAGACAUUAUUGAGAUCAAUGAAGAGGUGGAAGAAGGCUGGUGGAGUGGAACACUGAACAAUAAGUUGGGACUGUUUCCCUCAAAUUUUGUGAAAGAAUUUGAGGUAACCGAUGAUGGAGAAACUCGUGAAGCUCAAGACGACUCAGAAGCGGUUUUGACCGGGCCUACCUCACCCGUGCCCACUCCCGGGAACGGGAAUGAAACUGCGCUUGGACCAGUUGCACAGCCAAAGAAAAUUCGAGGAAUCGGAUUUGGAGAUAUCUUUAAAGAAGGCUCUGUGAGACUUAGGACAAGAACAUCUAGUAAUGAAGUAGAAGUCAAAAAAAUAGAAAAGCCUUCACAGGUACAACUAGUGGGGUCCAAAACUCAAAUUGCAGAGGUAACAAAAACAGAAACCGAUGGUAAAAUUAAAGCCAAGGAAUAUUGUAGAACAUUAUUUCCUUAUGAAGGUACUAAUGAAGAUGAACUUAGUUUUAAGGAGGGGGAAAUAAUUCAUUUGAUAAGUAAGGAGACUGGAGAAGCUGGCUGGUGGAAGGGUGAGCUAAAUGGUAAAGAAGGAGUAUUUCCAGACAAUUUUGCUGUUCAGAUAAAUGAACAAGAUGAGGACCUUCCUAAACCAAAGAAACCACCACCUCCUGUGAAAGGCCCAGCUCCAAAGCCUGAGCUGCUAGCUUCAGAGAAGAAGUAUUUUGCUAUAAAGUCUGAUGAAAAGGAUGAAAAACCAGCUCUAGAACAGAAGCCUUCUAAACCAGCUGCUCCACACGUCCCGCUCAAGAAGCCUACUCCGCCCACCAAAGCCAAUAAUUUAGUGAGAUCACCUGCAAUCCUGUACCCAAAGCGACCUGAAAAACCAGUUCCUCCACUGCCUCCUAUAGCCAAGGUUAACGGGGAAGUUCCAACUAUUUUGUCAAAAUUUGAAACUGAGCCAGUAUCAAAACCAAAGCUCGAUUCUGAGCAGCUGCCACUUAGACCAAAGUCAGUCGAUCUAGACUCCUUAAUAUUAAGAAGCUCUAAAGAAACAGACCUUGUAAAUUUUGAUGAUAUACCUUCUUCAGAAAACUUACAACAUCUCACUGCAAACAGACCCAAGAUAACUGGAAGAAGGUUGCCCGGUCGCUUCAAUGGUGGACAAUCGCCUACUCAAAGCCCCGAAAAAAAAUUGAAGCUACCAAAAGAGGAAGAAGAUAGUGCCAACCUAAAACCAUCUGAACUGAAAAAGGAUACUUGCUAUUCUCCAAAGUCACCUGUGUAUCUUUCCACACCUACAAGUGCUUCAUCUAAACCAAAUGCGACUGCUUUCCUAACGCCAUUAGAAAGCAAAGCGAAAGUAACAGACGAUGGGAAAAAAAGUCCUUUGGAUGAACUUAGAGCACAGAUUUCUGAGUUAGUGUGCGUUGUAGACACACUGAAAAAGGAACAUGGGAAAGAACUAGAAAAACUACGGAAAGAUUUGGAAGAAGAGAAGGCAAUGAGAAGUUAUCUAGAGGUGGAAGUAGAGAAGCUGAAGAAAGCAGUCUUAUCUUCCUGAGGGUGCAUGGACCUAGUGCUGUUAAUGCUCCAGCAAUUUGAAUGCAACACUAUUAAUUUUAACUGACUCGUUACUUAAAAAUGACAAAUGCUGGUGUUGUGAUAAAGAAAAAUGAAUUACAAAAGUUGUAGAAAUUGAGGAUAGUGAAUUUUUUAUAUGUAUUUUGUUUUGCCAAUAUUAAAAGAGAGGCCUUAUUUCUAUUGUGCUGGAAUUACAAAAAAAAAUCUUUGUUUGCUUGAAAAUACUACUGAAUCUGUAUAAAAAGGAAAGAAAGUUCAUAAUAGUUUUUUUAUUGAAAUGUGUAGUAUUAUUUUUAAAAAGCUCUAUACUAUAAAUAUGGUGGUAUCUUUACAAGUAAUCUGUAAAAUGUACUAUUUGAGAGGGACAAACAAGCUUUAAAAUAGCUACAGUCACUACUUUCCCCUAAUGCAUAAGGGAAAUCAAAUUUGUAAAUAUAUAUUUUUUACCUUUAGCUUUCUUACCCAGACUACACUGCUGUGCCUGUUUGUCUGCGAUGCUGUUUAUACUGUGGGUGAUGGAAAAAGAGGUUUCCUGGGCAUAAACCAGAUUACUCACCCAUGCAUAUAGUAAUAACCAAUGAAAUGGUCAAAAUAACUUCUUCAACUUUGGGAUUAUUUCUUACUGCUUGCACUAUAGGAUUCACAAAAGGAAUUUACUUAAAAUGUAUUAGAUUGUUUAAUGUAUUGGGGAAAAUAAGAGCUUUGUUUUAAAUUCAUUCCAUCUGAGGAAUCAAAAACGUCGUGUAGCCCUUACUUAGCUUGGUGUGCCUAAAAACGAUGACCGCACAUCAUAUGCAACUACCGGCGGUAUUGCUGUAUCUUUCUGCUUGUUUUUGAGGUUUGGAUAUUAUUCAUUCGUGACUUUGUAAUUGAAUUCUACAUGCCUUUCCUGAUUUUAAUAAUGGUAAUACUAGGGAAACAACUCAAAACUGUCAUAAUGUCAGUGUGAGGUUUCAUACUUUGGCAAAUUAUUAUCUAAAUACUCAGGUUUUGUGAUGUGUAAUAACCUGGUUGAUCCAGUUAAAGAUGGAGAGAUUCUGGACUGUCAUUUUAGACAAUAAGUGUGUCAUAAAAUAGCAUUUCACUUAUUUAAAACCAAAUACAGUACCAUAUUCAAAGUGCAUUUACACAAGACAGAUUAGUUUUUUGCUGAAUCACCUGUGAUCAGUUAGGUGAGCAUUUAAAGUAUUCAAUGUAUAGGAAGUAUAUAUAUAUAGUGUGUGGUUAAUUUAAAAAAAAUAAGUAUUUGACCCUUCUUUUCACAUGCAGAAGUAUUUUGAACUUUGUGAUCGCAAAUGGCGCUCAGAUUUUGCAUGCCAACUAUCAUGCUUCCAUUCUGUGUUGUUUAAAAAAAAAAAGCUUAUUUUUUUCCUUGCAUUUUAAUCUUAAUUGCAGUCUUGUGUCAUUAAUUUUUCGCAGGUUUCAGAUAAGUAGAAAUGAGCAGGAAUGUCCAUCCACAGUGACAGGAGCCCUGGUUGAUGCUGUGGGCUAGGCAUCGCCUGUAGCUGUUGGGCGGUCAGGUGCGCCAGCGGAGAAGGUGUAAGUCCCGAGGAGGUACAGCCCGGGGAGGGCACCCUGGGGCUGCCUCCUUUCUCCUUGAGCCACACUAGGAGUCAGAAUCCACUUGAGCGCAGUGGGUUUUGAAGUGUCAGAUUCUCAACCGACAGCAGUGCUUCAGGGGAAGCCAAUUGCGCGGUGAGGGGUACAUUUUGCCUCCUCAUGGCUUCGAGCUCUUCUAACAAGAUCACUCCUGAAAAGAAUGGCUCCCACUUAUUGUCAUAUUUUUUUGUCAUGAUUCAUCAACUCAGUAAUGCCUUUCAUGGUGAUCAAAGGAGGCCUUGUUUUCUUUGCAUAGCUGUGCCCUAGAUGAAAAUAGAAAUAAUGGCAGUGCAGCCUAGAAAUCACCCUCCAGCCAUCCCCAUGGGAACCCUGCCAGGGGCUUCCUCUGCCACAGUGCUGGCGUAUUGGAGGGGCCAGCAGCUUGCAGGCUGUUCUCAGCGGCUUGUGUUGGUCAUAUUCUCACCAGUGUGUACAGUCAAGAUGGUCCUGAGUACUAAAAUAUAUUUUAAGUUUUUCCUUUUCCUUUACUUACUCAAGACGAAAGUAUUGUUAUGCCCCUGUCUAAAUUUCUAUGCCUUUGACUAAACAGGAAAGGAAACUAAACUGAAAAAGAAAAAAACUAUGAUUUCUAUUAUUCUAGCAGUUCACCCAUAUUUGCUCUUGAGAAAGGUAACUUUCUACCCAUUCACAGAGGUUAGUCCAUAGAAUGAUAGGGAAUAAUAGUAACUUUUACCUAGGAGUAAAUCACUAAAGAAUCCAUUUUUUGUAUCAUGAAUAUAAAUGUCAGAUACUAAAGAUGAACAGCAUGGAAUCUGUCCUCGCCAAAUGAUUGGUGAAUGUAUUGUUUUACGUUUGUUAUUCUGCUAACCUAAUUGUAUUCCAAUAUUAUGAAUAGUUUUUGCGUGACCACUGAGCUUCUGUCUUAUUUCCAAGUUGUUACUUACCUCUUUAUAAAACGUAGGUCUGAGCAUGCAAAGAGAGAAUGGGUGUGUGUAACAGAGGAUUCUUAUGUUCCAUGUUGUGAUUGGGGUGGUGUGGGGAAGAGCCUUUGUGGUAAGCAUCAUACUGUAUCCUUGCAUUUAAACUUGAAAUUUACGAGCAGAAAGCGACAAUCAGUUAAAAGAAGAAAUAAGUGUUGUAAUUUAAUAGCCUGUUUUGCUGUAGCAAUAAAAUGACCAAGUGCAAUGACUUCAUUUAAUAAAAUUAUCUUUUAAAAGUUGCUGCUAUGAAUAUUUUUAGCCAUACAUUUUUACUCUAUGACUUGCCUUCAGUAAGUGUUGUACAAUGCAGUUGAGGUUGUGGUAUUCUAACAUUCCAAAAUACAAAGUGUGGAGAAUCUCAGAGUAGUAUUUCUCACUGACGUGUUUACAGGUGCUGUAAAAUUGCCUGCCUCUCUCAACAUGAAAAAGUUGAUAAUAAAUUAUAGUAUUGCCAGUUG